AUGACGGUCUCUCCAAAUGACUCCUCGUUGCCAUCAUCGCCGCGGGGGAAAUCCCGCGCCUCGGCAACAAACCGCCCGACUUCUACCCCGACCGCGCGCAACCCGCCCCAACUACCCACGCCCCUCGAAACGGCCCUCCUAGCCGUCUACCCCAUCCUCCUCACAUUUGGCACACUCUUCUCGAUCCUGAGCCCGCAAACUCGCGCCGCGCCCUACGACGCCUCGGGCCAAUCGCACGUGCAGGCCUCGGCGCCGAGCUACUUCGCCCGGAAAGACAACCUGUUCAACGUCAUCUUCGUGAAGCGGGGGUGGGGAUGGAUUACAGCCGCGUUCGUAGUCCUGCUCCUCACGCAUCCGUCGCUUGGAUCGGUGACGAGGAAAGUGAAAGCCGCGAUACGUUGGGGGCUUGUCACGGCGUGGUGGGUGCUGGUUACGCAGUGGUGUUUUGGGCCACCGGUGAUUGAUCGCGGGUUCAGGUUUACGGGAGGCAAGUGCGAGGGGGCGGUGGUUAGGGUUGCGGAGGGGAAGCCCGAUAGGGCGGAUGUGUUGACUGCUGUUGCGUGUCGGGCUUCGGGAGGCAAGUGGAUGGGUGGGCAUGAUAUCUCUGGGCAUGUAUUUUUGCUUGUGUUAGGGAGCUGGUUUUUGUUGCAGGAGAUGGCGUGGAUUGCGGCGAGGGCGUGGUUUGAGGGGAGGAGGGAUGAUAGGUGUAUCGUUAUGGGGGAUGGGGCCGUGAAGAGUGCUGGUGUUGAGGCAGAGAGGGUCGAGGGGGAGGAGCUUGCCAAGGAGCAGGGACUGGGGCUGGGAGGGAAGUUUGUGGUUGCUGUUAUUGGGCUGUGCUGGUGGAUGUUGCUUAUGACGGCUAUUUACUUCCAUACCUGGUUUGAGAAGUUAACUGGCCUCCUCGUUGCAUUAUUAGGUAUUUACCCCAUCUACGUCCUCCCCAGAUGGAUACCUGCGUUGAGACAGAUUAUUGGACUGCCUGGCAUAUGA